AUGCCCUGCCUUCGCUGGCCACCACCCCGAAUCUUUUACUGGUCCUUUGACCGUUGUGGGAGGAUGGAGAUACCAGAAGAAAACUGGGAGAAGUAUGGAAUCCCAAACUUGAAAGUAGCGACAUUUGUCGGGUCAAAGAGGGAUAAUGAGGAUUAUGAGACAGUUGUGGAGUAUCUUCAGCUUACCAAGUAUGACCUCGGUGGUCAACAAUUUGCCAAUGAUCAUGGGUAUCCGAUUCUAGUCAAAGGUGAUCCUCAUGCUGCCGAAAUCCAAACUCUGCGAAACGCUAUCACAUCCGGGAAAUCGGAAAAGGCAAUUUAA